UUCACCGUUUCCUUCUCAGGCAAACAGAAAACACCAACCGAUCUAGGAGCGGCGUUCUGUGCGAGGCCGGCGUUCCCGGCCCCCCUUGCUGGGCAGGACCCGCGCAGCCCGCGCGGUGGCAGCGCUCACCCAGGCAGCGGAGCAGCCCGGCCAGACCCUCCUGCCCAGCCCCGCCUGCUCCGUGAUUGCUGUCUGCUUUGCCAGCAGACUGCUUCAAGGGACAAUCACUUCAGUUUUUCUGAAUGUUCUUGGAAGUACUGUAGCUUUGCAGAACUGGCAUAUCCCAUGAAGCAGUGACUGGAUUUGUCAUCUGCUCCAGAGGGAAUCAGGACAAUGUCCUACGUUUUUGUCAACGACUCUUCCCAGACAAAUGUGCCGCUGCUGCAGGCUUGCAUUGAUGGAGAUUUUAACUACUCCAAGCGACUGCUAGAGAGUGGGUUUGACCCAAAUAUUCGUGACAGCCGAGGCCGAACUGGCCUUCACCUUGCUGCAGCCAGGGGAAAUGUAGACAUCUGUCAACUCUUACAUAAAUUUGGUGCUGACCUACUAGCCACUGAUUACCAAGGUAACACAGCCCUUCACCUGUGUGGCCAUGUGGAUACCAUCCAGUUCCUGGUUUCUAAUGGACUUAAAAUUGAUAUUUGCAACCACCAAGGUGCAACACCGCUUGUUCUUGCAAAACGAAGGGGUGUGAAUAAAGAUGUGAUUAGACUUCUGGAAUCUUUAGAGGAGCAGGAGGUGAAAGGAUUUAACAGAGGAACUCACUCAAAGUUGGAAACGAUGCAAACUGCUGAAAGUGAAAGUGCGAUGGAAAGCCAUUCCCUCCUUAAUCCAAACCUACAGCAAGGGGAAGGAGUUCUUUCCAGUUUCCGCACGACAUGGCAAGAGUUUGUGGAAGACCUGGGCUUCUGGAGGGUGCUGCUCCUGAUCAUUGUCAUUGCGCUUCUGUCACUGGGAAUAGCAUACUAUGUUAGUGGGGUGCUUCCUUUUGUAGAAAACCAGCCUGAACUGGUGCACUGAAGCAAGUGCAAAGUAGUGAGUGCGCUGUGCUUUUCCCUGUUGUAAUCUUAUUUUGAGCUUCUUGAAGUCAUUUGGUUGGUGCAGGCAGUGGCAGCUGUAUAUACUGUUUGCUUUUUGUACUUAUUAUGAAACCCUUUGAAAGAGGGAUUCAUUCAUUUCAAGUAAAACACUAAAUUCUAAAGCAUUCCCAAGCUACCUCUGACUUAUCUUGACUUGCAAGCAAGAUGUGAAGAUAAUCCUCUCUGUUGAUAAAAAUUAAUAUUAGAUAACGAGUAUUAAAUUCCUGAGCGUGAAAAAUUUAUCCAAAUACAGAUCCAAAUUUGAUUUUUUUUCUCUAUGAAAGUAGGUAAAUCUAUUGUUGCAUUUUUUGGUGUGUGCCUCAGUUGAAAUAAAAUUAUUAUUUUAAAUGUCCUCCACAGGACUGAAUAAUAAUGCAUUCAGAUAAACAGAAGUAACAGGUUGCAACUUCAUAGUUCUUUUUGUGCCUCCCUGUAGUUUCAUAUCUGCUAGUUUAAAAAAGGAGAGAGAGAUUGUUCCAGUUUUACUGUGUGUUUAAUGUAUAGACCACUCCUUUAUUUAUUAGGUUAAUGCAGUGUUUCUUCCCCAGAUUAGUUUGAUGUUAAUACCUGCCUGAAGUAAAUUUUGUAGAGCAAAGCUGUUUGUUGUGCUUUGGAAAUAAAGUUGUCUCAGCCUUAGGCUGAAAAAAUUUGCCUUUUUGUUGAAAUGUUACUAAGCAAAGAUUUCUGUGCUUAAAAAGUGAUCUAGGUAUUCUUUGUAUGUAAUAAUUCUGUACAGCCAUUGUCUUUGUGAAAUAUUUAAUGAAGGAUAACUUCCUCCCACAGGGAUCAGACUGAACCAUAUAAUUGUAUUGUUUUCAUGUUUGUGGAGAAGAUUUGAUCUAAUAGAAUUCAUUUCUAGAAUUGUUUUCCAUUUCAGUUGUUUUCAGACAGCACUUACAGGCAUAUGAAUUAUUUUCUGAGUAUGCAGAAUAAAGAUAUUUAAAUGCUAAUAUCAGGAACAUGGUAUGAAAUGAAAUCUUGACCUAUUCUUUGAAAUUCUCUUUGUUAAUAACCUAGGGGUAUGAAUCAGUUAAAAUAACUUUUAUGAAGGCUAGAAAGGUACUAUGUAGUAAGUUGGGGAGUUUCCAAAAAGCUGGUUAGACACUUAAUUCCCUUUUUGCCAUUGCCUUGAAAGUCCCAAACAAAAUGAAUUUUACAAACCUAAUGAAUCAAUUUUUUUUUUUUUUUACUUAUCAACUCCUGAAGUGUUGCUAAAUAAUAUAAAAGAUUUAUAAAAUUAUAACUAAUGACAAUAAGUAUUGAUAGAAGUAACCUCCUGUGCCCCCUCAAACCAUAACACCUGUGUCUCACUGUUCUGCUACCAUGUAUAUUUUUCUUUCUUGUUUAUGGGUCCAAGUGAAGAGGGUUGUUGUCUUUGUUUUGGUGUAUGACAUGGGCUACACUGAGAUGGACCCCAUUUUAAACUGCUUCUGAAUAAUUCUUAUUCUUAUUUCUUAAGUUAGAGGUUAAUGCUUUUCUAGCAGCCACAAUGCAGCAGAAAGUAAAGCAUCUUAAAAAAACCCAGCAAAUCAAAACAAAAAUCCAGAGCAUUCUCCUCUUCUGAAUAUUUCAGUUAUUGUGUAUCUGUGCAUGAACAGAGAAGUCAUAGUAUACUUAAAUUACACUUACUUUUCUGAAUAAACACAUUUCUAUUAAUAAUACUCUGUAUCUUGAAUAACCAUGUUGUCUUUCAGUAUGUAUUAUCUGCAUAAUUUGUAAUUGUAUUCUCAGUAUGGGUGAAUAACACAAAUAAACAUAUGUAGUAAA